UUACUUUCAAUUCUUUGAUGCUUUAAGCAUUUGAUUAAAAAUGGAGUGUGCCUUUAAUAAUUUGCGUGUAAUAAUUUUGAAGAUCUCAAAAAGUUAUUAAAAUUUUUAGUGUUUUAUUCUUGAGUUUCGUUGUUCGCAUCACCCUCGCAGCGUUCAAUUCGUCGUGUAGUUGAAGCUUCUUGCUCUCAACCCACUUCACAAGGACCUUGAAUACUGAUUGAGGGCACCGAAGGUGAAGUGAUUGAAAUGGCAAGCUACCUGUGGAGAAAAUAUGCAGAUUAUUUGUUCACAAAGUGGGAAAAAACCUUUCUUUGGGACAUGGUGGAGCCUUACAGAAGGCCCAAAUCAUUUACUCCAUUGGUCACUAUUUAUAUCGCGGCUUUCUACUCUGGAGUCAUUGGUGCUGCCAUUACUGAACAACUCUACAAGGAAAAGUACUGGGAAGAGCACCCUGGGAAAGUAGUUCCUCUCAUGUUACCAAAGUUUUAUGGGGGUCCCUGGAGGAUCAUGGGCGGUGAUGUUCCUAAAUUUGAAUGAAAAGCUUUGAAGUUAUGGUACCUUUCAAGGUUGUCUGCAGUACACGUAUUUCCUUUAAUUAUUGAGGUUGCUGGAAAUGCAUUCAACCUGUGAUUUUAUCACUACUGCCGCUAGCCACUGCUAUUCGCUAGAGCCUCCAUUGUCUGCUGGAACCAUCAUCGAAGCUUUCGUUGGAGCUUUUGCUAAAGCCAUCAUCGAAGCUUUCAUCCGAACUGUCGUCAGAUCUUUCACUGGAGUUGUCUGAGUUAGCGCCAAAGCUGUUGUCAAAGUUGUGAUUGUCGUCAGCGUUGUUAAAACUUUCUGUUUUAUUGUUUUAUUUUAUUUAGGAGGGGGUUAAACAAUUCCUUUUAUUUAUUUUAGCAUGAUAAUUCCACUAAGUAAUGCGUAUCCUCCAACUUUAGAUU